GCCGCACCGCCCCCGCCCGCCCCUUCCCGGCGGGAAGUGCCCGGCUCGCACAGGCCCGCUCGGCGGAGGGAGAGCGGCGGCGGCGGGAGCGCCGCGGCCAUGAACGCGGAGAACCAGGGCUGCAGCGAGCGGCUGGUGACGGCGGCCUAUGUGCGCCAGGGGGCGCAGGGCCGCCGCGCGCACGAGCUGCGCCUGCGGGCGCUGCUGGAGCAGGGGAAAUGUCCUGAAGAUGGAUGGGAUGAAAGCACCAUUGAAUUGUUUCUUCAUGAACUUGCUAUAAUGGAUAGCAAUAACUUCCUGGGCAACUGUGGUGUUGGUGAGAGGGAAGGAAGAGUGGUGUCAGGACUUGUUGCCCGAAGGCAUUACAGGUUGAUCCAUGGAAUUGGAAGGUCAGGUGAUAUUUCUGCAGUACAGCCUAAAGCUGCAGGUUCAAGCCUUUUGAACAAACUUACUAAUUCAGUUGUUCUGGAUGUUAUAAAGCUGGCUGGUGUCCGGACAGUGACCAGUUGCUUUGUGGUUCCUAUGGCAACAGGCAUGAGUCUAACUCUCUGUUUUUUAACAUUGAGGCACAAGAGACCAAAGGCAAAAUACAUUAUCUGGCCACGUAUAGACCAGAAAUCUUGUUUUAAAUCAAUGAUAACUGCAGGUUUUGAGCCUGUGGUGAUAGAAAAUGUAUUAGAAGGCGAUGAGCUACGGACAGACCUCGAAGCAGUGGAGGCCAAAAUCAAGGCUCUUGGUGCUGAAAAUAUUCUUUGUGUGCAUUCUACAACAUCUUGCUUCGCUCCAAGGGUACCUGAUAGGCUGGAGGAGCUGGCUGUGAUUUGUGCUAAUUAUGACAUUCCACAUAUUGUCAACAAUGCAUACGGAGUUCAGUCUUCAAAAUGUAUGCAUCUUAUCCAGCAGGGUGCUCGAGUUGGCAGAAUAGAUGCUUUUGUUCAGAGCUUGGACAAAAAUUUUAUGGUUCCAGUAGGUGGUGCUAUCAUUGCUGGCUUCAACGAGUCCUUCAUUCAGGAGAUCAGCAAAAUGUAUCCAGGAAGAGCAUCUGCGUCCCCUUCUUUAGACGUCCUCAUUACACUUCUGUCUCUGGGAACCAGUGGCUACAAAAAGUUACUGAAAGAGAGAAAGGAGAUGUUUUUGUAUCUUUCAAGUGAGCUGAAGAAGCUGGCAGAUAACCACAAUGAGAGACUGUUAGACACACCACAUAAUCCCAUUUCCUUAGCCAUGUCACUGAAGAAUCUGAAUGAAACCAAUGAUGGUGCUGUUACCCAGCUUGGAUCUAUGCUUUUCACAAGACAAGUUUCUGGAGCAAGAGUUGUUCCUUGUGGGUCUGUACAAACUGUGAAUAACUACACUUUUAAAGGCUUUAUGUCACAUGCAAAUGACUAUCCUUGUGCUUACCUCAAUGCUGCCUCAGCAAUUGGAAUUAAAAAGCAAGAUGUAGAUGUAUUCCUAAAAAGACUUGACAAGUGUUUGAAGACUUUUAGAAAAGAAGCAAAGCAAGAAAAAAGUAUAAAUGAAAUCAAUGAUGCUAAUGCAGCCACAGAACAACUUGAAGACUAGAAGAUACAGAUUUAGUAACACAGGAAGAUGAGGUUUUGUCUGAAGUAUGUCAGGUUUGUAUUGGGUCAGGGCUGUGCAUCUGCAGUGCAGGAAUUUGUUCUUGAUCUUAUAUUCUUGUUAUUGAAAACAAUAAUAAAAAUUUGAGUGGAAUUCAGCUUUAAGAAAGUAGGUAAUACUCUGUCCAAGAACAAAGGACCAGACACAAGUUUUUUGUAAUGUAUGAAAUGCAGUUAAUAUCUGCCAAAGUAAAGCUUUAUGUUCACAAAGACUUAAGAGUUUGCCUUUCAGUUUGUGUGUGGCUAUUUGGACCAGUGUUUAUUGAAUCACAGUAUGUUUAUUCACAUGUUUUUGUUUAACAAUAUUGUUUGUGGCAGUGACUGAAUUCCUUCCUAGGUAUAGACCAUCCAAGCAACACAUUUCUUUGCUCACAAAAUACUUUGUUUUUCAUCAGUGAAUGUGUCACUUUUAAUUUCUUUUCAAAGAUUUAUGCAAAUGUUGGGAUAGCACUUACUAAAUACCUUGUUCAAACUGUGUGGGUAAAUGACAGAGUUGGAAUAGUAAUGUUUUUCAGGUGUUCUCACCUGUCAUGAACUACCUAGAACUAGUCAGCCUCCAGGGGCAAACAGGAACCUUAGAGUACCUCAUAUCCUGUCAGUACGCAGCUCUUGAAAACAUUUGCAUAGUUCAGCAGCCCAGAGGGGUUUUAAUACUGAAAGUCAGGGUCUGUGAAGAGGUACAGUCAUUGGGGGGUUUUGGCUUUAGUUUUUUUUUUUUUUUCAUUCUUCUGAUUUGAAAGGGUGUUCAGAUCAAAAACUGACUGAAAAGGAGGAAUGCAAUGUAGGACUAAUGCAUCUGUUUUAAGAGCCAGUGAGACAUGAGAGUAUUUUGGCAUUUUUAGACCACUGUUGUUGAAAUUUAUAUACUUCCAUUUUUGUAGUGUCUCUUGCCAUUGGCACUGUUGCUUUUGUGGAUCUAUGCAGUUGCUGAUUUGAAUUCAUUAGGCAAACAAUAGAUUCAGAGUCUGUUCCUCAAACAAAGGUUCCAUAUCACUGGAGUGACAGUGCUGCAGGUUGCAAAAUGUGCAAGUUAUUCUCAAAAGUGGUUACUACAUUGUACAUAGCUUCUAUGUAAUUUACUGUUCAAACUAAGCAUAAUGUUCAAAUACAUUUUCUUUGUCUGUGUAAUGUAGUAUUGCUCAGGACACCACAAUUAAUGAGUUCUAAAAGUCAGGAAAUCACUUAAUCAGAAUAGUGGUGCUUUUGAGAGAUUGUCUGUCCAGCACAUUCAAGUGAAUUCACGCAGGAGGUGAUGCUAGUAUGUGGGAGUUAAUAAUGUGCUAAUCAUCAUGAAGGUGCUCUCACUUAAUGAGGUCCAUGGUAUCUUCAGCUUAAGUUGAACUGCUGCUUCCACAUUGUUACUGCUUGAGUUACAAGUUAGAUUGAUUAAAGCUUGUGCAGGUACAGCUCCCCAGACUGCAGUCACCAUUGUUUGCUGUACAAACACAUCCUAGGAGACAAGUCAGGUAACUUGGCCACUGAGCCCUUGUGGCUGUAAGGAGAUGCAAAUAGCUUGUCUUUUUUCUCUCUCUCUUUCCUCUCCCUCCUUCCCUGUUUUUUCUGGGUUUGUUUUGUUGGUUUUUUUAAUGAGAGCAUGCUGUACCUCAGUUUUUCCAGUCAGUAAAACUUCCACAAACUCUGGAGUCACAUCUCUGCAGCUUACUGCCUCAGUACUUGGUAUAUUGGAGCAGCCAGUGAAAACUGCUAGAUUUUAGUGAUACCUUUCUUCCUGGUUUUUGAUAUUGCCUGAAUGAGUAUAAAUUACUGAUUUAGAUGUCCAGUCACAGAAUGUGAAUGUUAGCACUACUAUUACAGGAGUUUAGGGAAGUGUGUGAUAACAGUUAAAAUAAGUGUUUUGAUAAGUAGUAUUCUGAUUCUGAAUAAAGAAAACAGCAGUUGCUUCUCUGAGAGAAAGACAUUUCUGCCUUUUUUGGUCUCAUAAUGAAUUGUCUGCUGAAAGUAAUUCAGUCACUUGUAAUAUAAAUUGAACUGCUUCCUUGAUUAAUGUUUUUUUCUGUCUUUGAAAUGUUUCUCAUUUGUAAUCAAAGCUGAAAAUUUCAAGAAAGCUCUAAACAAGAGCUCAUAGACCUAAGAAGUUUUUGAUUUUUACUUCUUAAACCUUUUUUAUUAAAAAAAAUAAGGCAAUGACUUUAAUUGAAAACAAAUAUAAAAUUUAAUUUGUGUCAUUCAAAUUCUUCACAGAUCUUAGUGAAGACACCUGAAAUGAAAAAAUCUGUAAUAUUUUGAUAAAUGUGUUCCACCACAAUGUAUAAACUCUUGAACCAAGUAUUCAUGUUAUAUUGCUUUGGUAAGCUUUUGUACCAGUUUUCAGUUUUAUUUGCUUGCUUUAUCCCCAUAAAUGUCUUCAGUUUUAAUUAAUACUAAUUUUUUUAAGACAGACCCAUUCUAUAAUGUCACAUAAAUGUAAGGGAAUUUUAAGUAAUUCAAAUGGCAAUAUCCUCCCAAGUAAACAGAGAAGACCGGGCUCUUUACAGCAUAUUUGGAACAGGAGAUUCAGUAGAGGAUAAAAAGUAUUUUUCAAGUAAGAGUAUAAAUUUCUUAUUCUCUAUUCAGUAAUGUCUAUAAUAAAGUAGUGAAAUAACACUGGAAGAUAUACUCAUGAGCAGAGGUUUCAUUUCUUUUGUAUAACAGUUACAGGGAGAUUUCAUGGCUGUGGCAGCUCCCACCCACUAAAAGUAGUACUGUGAAAGAUGGCAGUGGCAUGGGCAUAUAUCAAACUGCACAGAGUAAAACAAAUAGCCAAUGCAUUAGCAGUUAUUUGCCUUCUAUAAAGAUCUUUCCAAGAUUGUACAGUGAAGUAGAAAAGCUUCUUAAUUAAGCUGCAGCCCUUUUUCUAAUCUCUACAUACACACAUCACUAAAGGCUUUGACAUGGCUCAAAAUCUGUAAGAGCCAGCUCACUGCUGCUUCUACAUUAUGAGGGAGACAUCUGGGAAGGCUGCCUGGGCUUCAGAACAUACUCAGAAUUCAUAGAGCAGGAAUCCUCAGUAGAAACACUGAGAAGAGAUGCCCAUUUAGUAAGGCUGUCUCACAGCUACUAUUUAUGUAGCUACCUUUCUCCAGCAUCUUCUAGGUUGCAGCAUGUUGUUAGGGUGCAAGGGUAGGCAGGGACUGCUCAGGUUGCCGCAGUCUGAUUUCACCAAGUGACUUUCUGCCCUUACAAGGCCUGCAACUGUUGUGUGAGGUGCUUUUCUAUCCCACUGAUGUUGCAUCUUAGGCUCUCUGGAUCUAUACAGGUGGAAGAAAUGACGGAGCAGAUGGCUGUGCCUUAUAAAAAUAGCACUGGGAUAAUAUAGUGCAAGUAAACUGACACUGAAUGACCCAUCUCACAGGCCCACUCUUACUUUACUUUUUUUUGGUAGUAUCUGAGAUAAUCAACAAAACAAAGAACUUGGAGCAAUAAUAUUGCCUAUUUGUGCUUUGCUCAUAACAAUUGCCUAAGAUACAAAGCAAAUAAAAUCUACCAGAUGCAGCAAAUUCUCUUGAGCCUAAGAAAGCAAAAUUGUAAUGUUGCAAAUGUAAAUGCUGGCAUUGCAGCUUAAUACACAUAUAAACCGAGCAAUCUAUAUUGUGUGAUCAUCAUUUUUUAAGAAAGGCUGGAGCCCAGAGACUAGCAAAUGUUCUCAUCUGCAGUGUAUCAGCAGUUCUCAGUCUUCAGCUGCUGUACAGAUAAUAAUUCUAAUUGAAGAAUCAUUACAUGGAUCCAUAUGUGAAUGAUAGAUGGGCUACAGUCUUUGUUCAUGAUACUUUAAAAAUUGAGUUGCUGCUUCUACUUUUAUAAGGGGAGAUUAGAUUGCCUUUUCCCGUCCCCCUCCUUUUUUUUUAACACAACAUUUUAAUCACCCUGCUCUGACAGGAUUUGGAAUUUGAAGGGAAAACAAUUUCUAUAGCUGACAAUUUUUUUAAACAAUAGCUAUUUAAAAUCUUGAAUUGGUUACAAAGUGACACUCCACAGAGAAUCUUUGUUCAAAUGUUUUUAUUUCUGAAACUAGUGCUUGAAAAAUUGUGUUCCAUGUGCUCUGUAAUAAUUGUUUUUCAUAUAAUAUACUUUUUUUCCCCUCAAAGAUAACAGCAUACACUUUAGUGCAGUUUAAUAAUCCUUUUAAAAAUCCAUAGUUAAAAAGGCAUUUGCUCCAUUACUCAUCAAGCAUCUGUUGUAUCAAAGAACUGGUAAUAUAUUUAUCUUGAUGGAUAAGCUUCAGUGUUCUGGACCAAGUUCAGUGUAACUGGACCAAGCUUUCAAUACUCCUUUGGGGAUCCUAAAGUCAAGUUCAUGAUCUAAUUAAGAUGGGUGUGAUAAUUAUAUCUGCUGCUGGACAGGAGUCUUUCAUCAAACCACAUUUCAACUAAAUUCAAAGUUGAUCCAGUUCAGAAGCUGAAUUGAUUUCUUAAUGUGGAUGGUGAAAUUUAAUUUGCCCUUAGAAUCCUGCAUUCCAAUCCAGGCUGAGCCAGUUAUGGCCAAAUUAUAACAGUUUGAUUUUUUAAUGUAGCAUGAAUGGAAAGAAGGCAGUGGUUUCAGCUGGGUGCUACCUUUCCUAUUAGUUGUUCUCAAAGGGCUGAAAAUGCUAGGCUACCAUCUUACACCUACUGCUGUUUGGAAGGUGUCGUUGGUCAUGUACACGUGUGAUGACAGCAGCAGAGGUGGGUGUGUUAUUGAUCUUUAUCUAGGCAUCCCAAGUAAGAACACACUACUUGGGAAUUCAAGAUGAACACUCAUGAGCAUCCCUACUCAUCUGCUUUCUCCAAAAACUCCUUCUGAGGCAAAUUUCCUGUAAUUGAAGUGUACCAGAGGAGCACAUGGCCAAAAUACAGGGAAAAGGAGCAAGGUCUCCAACAUUUUUGAAUCUUUCUACAUUGGUUAUAUCUGUUUGGCUCAUGUGAUGUAUAAAGCUCAUAUUGCUACGGAAACUAAUGUAAAGAAUGUUUGCAGCCAUUCUUGUCUCUUACCUAAACUAUUUCUGAGCUACCUCUGUAGGCCCUGGGCAGGGUGCACUGCUCCAGCACUGCAGCUGGUAGUUCUUGGGUGCAGCCCUGAGCUCUGGCUGCAGGCGAAUUUGGUACCCAGUAGGGGAAAGCAUUACUGCUUUGCUUUGGUACUGGGCUGCCAAGCACACGUGAAGUAGAACUAGUUUGCAGACACAGCUACUGUUGAGGAGUUAAACCUGCAACUUUCUAGAGUCUGAGGAGCUGCAGAAGGGAAAAGAGCUUUGUUUGGUCUACAGUACGUCAAACUGAGAAAUAUAGCUGUUGAGCUAAAAUAAUAUGCCUGUUAUUUUCUAUAGAAAUGUCUUUUUUAAAAACCUGCAACAUACUGUAUAAACUCUUGAUUAAAUACAAGU